CGCGACUAUUUCAAAGAAGGGGAAGGUGACAAGAGAGGCGUCCAAAGGCCGGGUCUUGACGUAAGCCCAGUCACCCACGUUAACUCCGAGUUACCAAUUUCCUCGCCCUUCUACGGCCCUCAAUGAUCUGCGUAAGAUAUAAAAGACCUGCAGGUACUCUACUACUGGGGGUCAACAUCUAAUCAUCAACCGCGCUCCCAUCCGCCUAUUUACCUACAGCAAACAUGCCCAACACGCUGCUCAAAGAUGGCACCGUCAUCUCCUUUGACGAGGCCACGAAAUCGAUCAAGGUCCUGGAGAAAGCAUCCAUCUUAAUCAAAGGCGACAGGAUUGCUCGGAUCUCCGAAAACGCCAACGACAUAGACCUCCCAGCCGAUGUGGAAGUCGUCGAUGUCUCGGGCAAAAUCAUCUCACCCGGAUUCACUAACACGCACUCCCACAUGUGGCAAACGGCCUACCGCUCCAUGGCACCCAACUGUACGCUGACGCAGUACCUCGUCUGGAUCAGCCAGAUGGCCAGUGCUGCCCGCUCCUUCACCCCAGAUGACAUCUACAUCAGUUGUCUGGAGGGGUAUUUGGAGGCGAUCAAUUCUGGUGUGACGACAGUUGUUGAGCACGCGAAUCAACACUGGGAUGAGAGUGUGUUUGAGCCGGCGUACAAUGCGGCCGUUGAUGGAGGUGCUCGAGUCUGGUACUGCUUUGGAGUCAACGACCAGCCGCAUUACAGCGAGGCUACGCAGUAUGAAGGUCUCGCCCGUCUGCAGCAGCGAAAGGACGAUUCGCGCGGGCUGGUAUCCCUCGGCAUUGCGCUGGACAGCAUUUUACAGAUGGACAAGGAAAAGGUGGAAAAGACGAAGGCGUUGAUCAAGCAAAUGCACUUACAGGCUAUCACAUUGCACGUUCUUGGCGGCCCGUGGUUUAGGGGCAAUGCGAGCAGUUCUCCCACAGCCCUUUCAGACCAUGGAUUCCAGGACCUUGAUAUCCCAAUCAUAUUUUCCCACGGACCGUUCGUGACAAGCACCGAUCGUGAUGCAUUGCGCAAGCACAACUGGAACCUAGCCAUCACCCCCGAGUCCGAACUUCACUACGGCCACGGGCACAAAACGUCGAAACUCGUCCUCGAUCAAGCGUCCCUCGGCGUCGACACGAAUUUCACAUUUUCCGGAGAUAUGCUGGCGCAGACUCGACUCUUCCUACAGCAUACGCGUGGUGAGCAGUAUGCCACGACGCUGGAUGCGGCCAAGAUCCCACAAAACUGCCCGUUCGAUGUAGAAGAGGCCUUCUUACUCGUGACACGGCACGGCGGUCUGGCGGUGCGGACAGAGGACGUGGGCGUGUUGAGGGAGGGGGCCAAGGCCGAUAUUGUCGUCGUCGAUGGCGAAUCUCCGAAUAUGCUUGGAUGGACGAAUGCGGUGGCGGCGCUGGUGCUACAUGCGAAUGUUGGAGAUAUUGAACACGUUCUUGUCGAUGGUGAAUUUCGCAAGCGCGACCGGAAGCUGGUGUUGAAGAAGGGAGACUGGGGCGACAUUAGCAAACGAUUUGCAUCGACUGCGAGGAGGAUUCAAGAGGAGCACAAGGCUGGCCGUCCAAAUUUGGAAGGGGAAGUAAUGGGGAUGGAGCUGGGAGAAGUCGAGAGUAUUUCCACGCGUAGAUAGAUCUUGUAUGUUUUUGAAUAUUUUGAGAAUCGAUAUUGCGCAGAGAAUGGGCGCUCUGGCUCGGUCUUCAACAAGCUGGAAAAAAGGCGCUGUUUAGUCGUACUCAUCCAUCAUCUCAUCUCGAGACUAAGACUGAUAGAAAUAAGUUUGAUUCAGACAGUGUUGGCUGCUCUGAAGUAGUCGAUUGAUGCGACGCAGUUUGGUUAGAACAUUUUUCCUUGACGCCAUGUUCUAGCACGCGUGUCCACGGCGUCCAAACUUUCUCACCGUUGUUGUUGCCAAUUUCCUGACUUACGACGGAUUGGAAGGAAGAGGGU